AUGGCGUGGCAGCUGUCCUGGGAGCAGGGCGUCACCCUGCGCAGCAGUGGCUACAUCGUGGCUGAGUUCUUCUCAUUUGUCAUCAACAGCAUUUUGUAUCAGCGUGGCAUUUAUCUGUCCGAAACCUUCACUCGCGUGCAGAAGUACGGGGUCACCAUGCUGGUCACCAUGGACCCCGUGCUCAUGAAGUACCUGAGCAACAUGGUGGAGCAGCUGAAAGACUGGCUGUACAAGAGCUCUGUGCAGAAGCUGGUGGUGGUCAUCUCGAGUAUUGAAAACGGGGAGGUCCUGGAGAGGUGGCAGUUUGACAUCGAGUGUGGCAAGAUGAUCAGAGAUGACAGUGCACCCAGAGAAAAGUCUCAGAAAGCCAUCCAGGACGAGAUCUGCUCGGUGAUCAGACAGAUCACCGCUACGGUGAUCUUCCUGCUGCUGCUGGAAGAUUCCUUUUCAUUUGACCUGCUGAUCUAUACAGACAAAGACUUGGUUGUGUCUGAGAAGUGGGAAGACUCUGGACCGCAGUUCAUUGCCAAUUCUGAGCAGGUCCGCCUGCGCUCCUUUACAACGAUCAUCCACAAGGUGAACAGCAUGGUGGCCUACAAGAUUCCCGUCAACGACUGAAG